AUGGACCUUGGCUGUGCAGGUUCGUCGUGCUCUUUUGGACGUCAUAUAGACAAGUUUGCCUAUUAUUCAUCAGCAUUUCUUCUAUUUUAAACAUGGUUCUUUGCCAAGCAACCUUGCAACCAGUUUGAAGCCUUAUGAGAACAACUCGGUUUUUCUGAAGGCUCUUUUGCAGGAGAAAAUUCAUUUAUGCUCUCAUGCACUUGCUUGUGACGUUAAUCGACUGUUAGCUCGUUUAUUAAGUUGAUUUUUAGGUAAAGUUAGGUGAACCGUUGUGAGAGAGUGUCAAUGGAAUUUCAAAGUAAUCCUUUUAGACUCACAAAUAAAUGCAUACCCAUCUCUUGGCACUCUGCUUCUUGCUUGGUCACCAUUCAAUUGCUAACUGUGCAGUGAGAAUUUUGAUGGUCAACUUUCUGACCCCGUAAUUGGGCUUUUCCCGUGCAGAACAAAGACAAUACACAGCAUUUUGGUUACUCACUUUUGACUUACUUUUCGGAUUUCAAUUUAAAUUGUGUUAUCAUCCGGCGCUAAGCGUUUCUCUGGGAACAUCUUAAUUUAUCCACAAGGAAAGGACAUCCUGUCUACCAUGCUGGUUUACCACAGGAUGUUGCGUGGGUGCGAAAAGGCAACCUAAUUAUUUUAUUCGGAGCAUAAGUUUAGAAAAUCGACCAUGGACAUGGUAACUGGCAGAGCGACAAACGGCAGUAAUGCAAGCAACACGACGGAUAUAUCGAGAUGCGGACACUGGAAGAAAUGGAAAAGUGACUGAAAGGGUAAAAAUGAUGAAGAACGAGAUCAACUGCCAAAAUUGAUAUCACAUCAAUAGAGAUAAGAUGUAAAACAGGAAGAAUUUUGCGACCAGUAGUAGUUAACUUCGCGUAAAUAGGCAGUUGAAAGUUUCCUAUGUUCGCAAUACUCCGGGCUAAACUAGCCGGUUACUUGCACGUCCUGACUAGCGACUUAAACAUUUUCUGCGAAUGGCUCCGACAAUAGUGCUUAAAAGGCAAAUUAGCAUCCACGUACUUUAUCCAAUGACCUAUUAGAAAUAUCUUUUAAGUACCAGACCAACCGGCGUCUAGUUAUGAGGUCGACAGUAGGUUCAUGUCGUGGGACUGUAUCUCUAACGGAUGGUCUGCGCAUAUGCCUAGUUUUAUUUGAAUUUACUUCGGAUGGACUGCGAUUUACACGCAUUUAUUGAGGGGUAUCAUCUUUCUAUCUUCGUAGACACUCGGGCAAGUCCAUCCUCAGCAGAAGAGCGAUCCCAUGUGAAGAUGUAGAGUUUCAGUGCUGACCGCCGGCAGUCAGCUCGUUUGACUUACCUUUAAUAGGUGUUUAGUGUAAAUGGGAAAUACCCGAACCCCUAACACACCAGAUGAAAGUAUCUUUGAACCGGUAUCGUAAACGCCUAUGUGCAAGUUUCCACGUUCUAGAUAACUUUACUCAGAUGACUCUACCGCCGACCAAAUCUUGUGCAUAAAGUCUAAACCUACUUAGUAUGUCGAAGGAUUUGCCACGGCCCUUAAGGGAGCUCUACACGUUUCCGUACAGGAUUUCCCGUGGUGACUGCAAAACUAUAUCUUAAAUGGCCGCGCCGGCCGGUACCCAUAAGUAGCAGAACACUGGUGUACUACCUUCUCCAUGAUUUUGCACACUACACUGGUCAGGCUAUUUAGUCGUCUGUUUGCAACCGACAUCUCCCUUUUCUUCGGUUUAGGGAUAACUAGGGUCUUCCUUUAAACUUGUGGAAAGCUAGUUGUUCUAAAGCUCUUGUUAAAUGGACUACAUGCGACACCCAAGACCAUCCAAUGUAUUUCAGGAGAACCCAAAGUAGAUUUUCCGGCAUUUUGUCCCAAACGCAACUUAUGAUAAGUAAACUUAACUGGUCGAUUUGCCGGGCUUUUUAUCAAAACAAUCAUAAUGCGAAUAAAGACAGAAUUCCCAUUUUGUCUCGUUAAGUUUCUUAAGUUGCUCACCGAGUAUGAGAAUUUUCUCCUCUUUUUCUGAACAGACACGACUGCGUUUCCAAAGCAUACUUGUAUACUGAAAGUUUCCCUUAUAAUUAUGUGCACGGCUUUAAUCUUCUCGACUGAUACCUAACCCUUUUUGUCUGUUUUUCCUUUGCCGACUUGACUUCGUCAGACCAGUGCUGACGUUAUUACCGUCUCGUAGGCAUUCGAACGUUUCCCCACAUCACCUAUCUUCCGGUCAGAUGGCUGAGCUUGCUUAUCUUAGACGUACGCUGUUGAAAUUUGCACAUACUCCACUGACAGUAGCCACUUGGCUGCUGGAUCAUCUUUGUGGGUAGAUAAGAGCCUUAAUUGAUUACGUCCCAAUUGGUGGGAGCACAGCAUCUACACCAGGAAGCCCUCUUAGUCCAGAGCUGACAAGGGAUCGAACAGCCGUAUUUCCCGUAGCCUGCAUGUCUGCGAGUCAGUAAAUUCAAAUGAACUUGCGAUGUUGUAGUGGCCUGUGCUAGCCGACCUAAAUGAUUAGAGAUGCAAAUACGAUGUCAUCUUUACGUAACGGGUGGUCCAGGGACCUAAUUACUAUUUCUCUCUUUACUGACAAGAACACCGAGUAAAGUGCUUUGAGAGAUACCCGGUUGGUCGAUUGGGGUGAAAUGUGGGUGGGAGCUAACAUACCUCGCCCAAAACGGCCAUCUUUUUGGUCUCAAUUAAAAGUCCAACGGCUAUUUGCAUUGAUGCAUAUGCCAGGGGCGCCCACUAUAUGCGGGCUCUCAUCAACUAAUGACUGGCCAAGCCGGAAACUUUAUUCCUAGGGCUACAUGCACUUUCCAGUUAACAGCAGUUCUUUGUGGACUACUCACCCAGAAAGUGUUUGCUGUAACCCAACACCAGAUGAAGAUAGCAGCUUUUAAGCCUGUUGGCGUCUAUGAGCUUUCUGUUUUUUUACGAAUCGAGACGUAAUCGAACAGCCUACCUACUCACGAGAACUGUUUUCUCCCACGUACGUCGACCAAUUCUCCACUACUCUGAGUGAUUAUUGUUGCCUACGAUAUGUGGCAACUAAGGUAAGAAAUAUGAUGGCCUAUGACUUGCUAAGCUCAAGCAGUGGGGUCCGCGAGAGCUAAAGUUCAUCGGCCCCCUUAUUUUUGCCUGUUCUGUGGGUCCGCCUUCUUGACUUAGCGUCAGUAAAGUUGUUAAAGACACUCCUUGGAUUUCCUCAUCUGCUUCUUCGUGCCUGAGGCUGUUAACGACCUGUGCUUCUACAAGGUUUACGACAAUCAUAUCGUGUAGCUUUCGCUGGGCCAUCUUGAUCUUCAAGAGUUGUUACGCGGUUUUAGCCGCCCUAUGGCUGACAUGAAGUUUUAAAUCCUUACCACCUCAUUGAGCCCAGAGGUACGGUUUUUGAUGUUCGUCCGCAUUUUUUUUCAAUCUGGGCUGGAAGGAAGUUAAUUCUUACAGCCAAAAAUCUGAUAAGUAGUUUUCCUGGUUGGUAGAUUAUCAUGGGCUAGAUCAAACGUCAUCUUGUCCGUUUAUAGCUUUUUUGUUCAGAACACGUUAAUUACUAACAUCCACACGAAACCUGUUCAUAGUUAUCAACCCUUCCACAAAACGGUGGUCCGUAAUUUUUGUACGGCACUCCUUAAUUUGGAACCUAAUUCUUCACAGAAUCGGUUCGGGCCCAGUCGGUAGAAUAAGAUAGGAGCUUUAACGUGGACGCACGGUUAGUCAAAUACCUAUAUAACUACUACCUGCUUUCUGGAUGUUGUCAUCUCUGACGAAGGAGUUCUAUGCGAGCGCCAAUGCCGAAACCAAUAGACAAGUGGUCUAGGUGAUUGGCCUUUUCCUUGUCGUAGUCCAGCUGUGUAAACAGGUUGUUACCCGUGGAUUGUAACGUGCGCGGUAUUUUAAGUGUAUUACUUUUGGAGUGCAAAACGCAACAGGCAGUAGACGGCUGAUGUUUUUGUAUCUCUGUGUAAGCGUUUUAUAUUGAAUUUUCUGACUGACUGGCCUAAAAUGUCCGAUCACAAUUGUCGCUAUUAGCCUUUUUUGUAUUUCCUUCAAGUUGAUGUAAGUCAGCGCCAGUCAACCAGAUCUGCAACAUGCCCUGACAAAUCAUCAACCACCAACGUUCCGGAAGAAUGCCGCGAUCACUUGGAAGAAGGUCCUGUUGCCUCAGGUAUUUUGGCAGUUUGCACUAAAUUAACACUCUUAAUUGUCAGUAAUGCAUUGUGGAAUUCCUGUAGUUUUCGUCGUGAAUUAUUUUGCUUGCAGAAUAGAACUACAUCUUAAGCCCGCAUGACUUGGGUUUCAAGUAUGAUGUAGUACAAAGUGCCGAUCAGUAAGGUAUGCUGUUCCAAGAGGAGCAAAGUUAUAGUCUUGUGCCCUCAUAUGCAGAAAAUGCCCUCUGCCUGUAAUAUUGCUACAGGCGAAUGAAAAUCCACUCGGCUCGGCUGUUCUUGCCGGUUGGAGUGAGAAAGGUGUUGCUCCAGCCCGCAUCCAUCGCUUAGUUGCCUCACUCUAAUAGACCUUCACAACACUAACUAUUGUAGCUUAGGAGGUUGUCAACUGACGGCCGACUCGGUCCUACUCAGUCUCAGGUCACAAUGGCUCCCUUCGCUUAGAUAUCCGCAAUCCCUUCAUGGAAGACUGAUUCUUGUCGUGUCAGGAACCGACUAGUGUAUGUGAUAAGCACGGGUGUGGACUUUGCGCCAGGUAAGCCCCUACACCCACACCCUUCUGCGGUCUUCUUCGUCUGCUGUUGUCAUUGAAACACAGUGAGUUACUUGAGAGUUGAUUACGUAGGCGCUGCGCAAGCCCACCUCACUAUUAAUUAGUAUUGUGAAUCAUGCCAUGCUUGUACACUGCAGACUGUCUGUUGAAUGCAUAUAGAUAAUUUAGUUCAAGUUAACAUUACACAUUUCUGAGGAGAUUACAAAACUGAAAUUUCAAAAGUACCCGGGAAAUGCCAGUGGCCUUACAGGUGAGCGGAACUUCUUGCGGGUAUGUAAAAAGGGGAAACGCGUGUCUAAGCUUUUAGCUAGUAUGUGUGCUGUCAGUCAGAAUCGUGCGAUUAAAUAAGUGUCUAGGCCAGCGGCGAAUUCUCCUCGAUGCGUGGUGACCUUUCUGACCUCCAGAGUGUACGCUUAUUUUUUAUUUAAUAUCUGCUGCUUUUCACAAAUAGGCGCCCCCCACUAUGAACUAUGCUUCUGCUGCAUCGGUUGAAGUAGUUCCAGGAGACUGCUUUGAAGUACUUUUUAAUCCGAACUGCCUAAGAUGGGGCACAUAUCAUUACAGGUUUUUCCGGAUAUAAAAAUCGAGUCAGUAAUAAUUACGGUAAUAAUGAUUUGUUCUCUUAUAUAUUUCCUUUUUUGAAAAAAACAAAAGGCACAAUCUCUCAAGCUGGCUCCCGUUAGUGUUUGUCAUUCCAUUUGUAACACGACGUCUCAACUUGCAACAGAUACGAUGACUUAGCGAUAAGGAAUAGCCGCAGACUGCCUGAAAUCCACCAAUGCAAGUCCCUAGACAAGCUACAAUUGACGAGAUGUCCCAUUCUGUACUACGUUGUAUAAAUGAAAUUUCAGUAGGUCCUUACAUCUACAUUUUGAAAUUUUGUCGUAUGUGACAACUAAUAUUCUCCCUAGGGGAAGAAUGGCGUACACAUCCACUGUCCAUGUUUCGUGAUAAGUACCGAGGGAAACAGCCUGAAGACAAGAAUCUGCCUAGGACUGUUCGGUAGGUUUAAAGCAGAUUAUUUUAUGCAAUAUGUGUACAGUUAAAUGUGGAGCGCUUCUUAGACGAGGCUGUUUUCUCCUGCAGAAAAUUUUACAAGAAGCAAGACAAAUUGAUUCGUGAACUCGAGUCAGCUGCCUCUCUACUUACUCCUGACGAGAAUGCUGAAGAGGAUGGCGCUUUGAUGGUUCGAAAGCAGCGUCACACGAACAACAUCCUCAUCAUAGCAACAUUUGUCUCAAACUUGGUAAGAGACUGUACUAGGCCUUCUCCCAUGAACUCCCUGUCACGGGCGCAAUGGCGAUUACUUGAUUUUUCUUAUGAAACAUAUUUUUUUUACUGGGCAUCUGAUACUAACACUUCUCUAAAGCCAUGCAAUUCGGUCAGACUGGAUGUGCACAAAUUUGCCCAACAACUCCGUUGUUUCCUGCCAGACAUUUUUCUACCUCUGAAGUCUAGCGUACUGACGCUGUAGGGAAAGCUUUUGUUCGUUUACACAGCGCCUUAACCUCCAGUGCUUCGUAUGCUUGCGCAAUCAGAUAACGUUUACCACGACCGCACUGUCUGCGCGAUACCUUUCCCUCAGCAAGUGAAACUGCAUAUGUAGGAACAAGAGGGGAAAGUAUCCAACUGUGUUGGAGUGAAAAAAACUACUGUAUUAAGGCUGCACUCAACCGACUACUGAGUUAUAAAAAGGGGAUAGUUGUUUAUCUUGCUAGAUGCCAAGAUUGACCAAUAGGAUAUAUUGAUAUUCACUGAUUUAGUUAGGAUUUAGGAUUUAGUUACCCGCAAGCUUGUCGUGCUCCAGAGUAGUUGGGUGAGUUGAGAAAACUGGUUUGUGUGGAUAUUGGAGGGCUCCAGCAGAUUUAGCAACUUUAUUCGCCCAUGACACCACAUACUGUAGAUUCCCAGAGCCUAAGGCUGGCAGGGGCAUAUGGUCAGCAUAGUCAAGAUCACUCAACCGGUUCCGGGGUACAAAUCAUCAUCGUCGAAAGCUGCGUCAUCAAAACUACAUUGGCAAAGCUGAAUAGAGCCCUUCGAAGUAUCUAGUCAAUGGUUUAGUUGAAUUUAAUGGGUGACAGGAGGCAGCAAUGUCAAACACCAGGUUGAAUAUCGAACGGUCGGGAGAGAUUGUUAUGAACCAGAACUCGCGCACUCCCUGAUAGGGGAGGGGGUGGUCAAACGACCUUGCAUAGACUGGGGAGGGAUAAAAGUGUUGCAGAGGAAAGCGAGAGCAAGACGGGUUAGUCGUCGACGUUGAGAAAGUAAACGAAGUCCUAGCGCCAGCUACUGAUCCUGGUCGAAUCGUCAUCACCAAGGCCGCAUUUACACUGUGAACAGAAUCAUUCGAUACAGAGGGGCUGUAAAUACUUUGCUGGAGUUUUAAAAUGCUACGGACCUUUGAGGACUGCUCCAUGUAGGUCGCUUCCACAGCCUACUAGUGUCUGCACCAAUCUUCGGCCGAUACUGCCGUCAUUUUCCAGAAGUGGAAGGGGUGAUCGUUGCGGAACCUGGCUCUAGCCGUCUAUACAUACGGCUGCAAGGUUCUUCUGCUAAUCCAGUCAAUGCGGCGCCGCUGGCCGAAUCCAAGAAAGUCUCUCGGCUGUCUCGCUACCUGAUGACUUUAGUUAUACCUAUUCGCAACAAACCUCGACUUCGCCUCAGAUCGUAAGGUAAGAUCACAUUUCUGUGCAUUGGGUCUCGGCUGUACUGGAUUGUCUUUAGGCCGCGACAUCAAGGUGAUAACUUGGGUGCAGAUGAGAAAUGAACUUUCAAGCGUGUAUGAGCAUGCCCAUGGUCUGACCCGGGAUCGUUACCGGUUUCGGCACUACGCACCGAUCGGCCAUUGUCAACGCAACUGCGAAACCUUGAACCGGCUCAAAUGUAGUCCCUCUGACUGGUCGCCGUUUGAAUAUCAUGUCAGCAGAUAUUUAUGGCGAUGCUGAAAUCAUGUAUUGGUGACAAAUAGUCUGUUCUUGUCGUUAGAGUUCCGUAUUCUCUACAUUGUCGCAUCGAAAACCAAGCCAAAGUGACCAAUAAGGUGAUUAAAGAGUCAAGGCAUCCAGUUCAGCUAUUUUAGUUCUCGCCAAUAAUCAGAAAAUCACGGCGAGGGAGUCGUUUAAGUGAUUCUUGCAGCUGUGAGUAGUUCCUCUAUCGCGCUGGUCAGCCAGCUGAUGUCGGUGCAUACAAUGAGACGUCGGAUACGUUGUGAAGUCAUACUUAAGCAGGUCAUUGACUGGUUCCCACGCAAACAUGACCCACUGUGGUUGGUGUGGGCCCGAAGUUUUUGAUUGCCAAGGCGGCUGAAUCGGGAAUUUAGAUAUGGGACAGACAUCCACUUUGUACUGAUGAAGACUGGUCGGGCCUUGUGCACUAGGGUGUGGUUAAUAAGUCCUUUUGUGCCAAAUUUCUGUUCCUUGCCUUUAAGCCGUUACACCUACAUACGCCCAAGAAAUUGUUGUUAGUAGGCGUGUGUCAUUUCAGCCUACACGUUUUAUUAGCAGUCAGUUGUCAUUUUGAUAAUAAUUCGUCUAGUGCAAUUGCGGUUUGAGAACUUUUCUCCUGCCAUUUUACAGGUCCUGUUGUCAAGCAAACUAGUUGCCUCUAUACUCUCCAACUCCUUGUCAAUAAUCUCCUCACUAAUGGACAGUGUAGUUGACUUGGCCUCUGGUUUCACCCUCUGGAUCACAGCCCUCCAAAUGCGCAAAUCACGUCCCUACACAUAUCCGCAAGGUUUGUACGGUCCAUUAUCUGCUUUCAUAAUUAUCAGCAACAGCCCUACCGAGUGCGUCAACUCCAGACGACGAAAUUAAGUAGGUUUAUGUUAACUUCACAAUGUCCCUCGCAGGGUGUUUAAAUUGCCAUUCUGAAAAUUAAUCCGAUUUCUUUGCUCUCGAGAGCAGCCCAGCCGAGAGAAUGCACAGUCUGUUUUGAUAUAAAGAAUUUUCGACGAAAGAACACGAAAGAAAUGUGCAGUUUCCAUUCUAUGCUAAACCGAGCAGUUGAAACGAGAAAUGUUUUCUCCUUCAAAGAUGUGCAGAGAUAACUCAACUGCGGUUGACGAGACAAUCAGUUUCCAGCUUGAAAAUCGAAAAAACGUUCGGUUGGAUGAAGACGGAAAAAAUGGAGGCAAAAUAUCAGGAGUCUGUUCAACCAUUCACUUUAGUUCAGUCCAUAAAGCAACUAGACUCUAACUUCUGGCCAUUUGCCUCUGAACUGCCAAUUGCUUCUGAUGGCCGGUUAUAUCGGAUUUUAAGUAUGCAUAUUCAGAGUAUGAUAUAAUGACAGUAUCGCAGCAUCAUUUAAGUCCGCCGAAUGAGUCGAAGCGGGUCGGUAAAGGCUGUGCUCUUAUUUUUUCAGGUAGAAGGCGCCUGGAGCCGAUCGCAGUUAUUAUCCUGUCGGUGAUCAUGGCGAGCGUUUCUGUACAGAUCGUGGUUCAAGCGGUUCAGACGCUCUACAACAUGGCUGUCAAUAACCAGGGUCCACCCGUCAUGUCCAACGUUACUAUAGGCCUUGUUGCAUCAACCAUAGGUAAGACUUUUUCCUCUCAGCAACUUUGCAAAUCUGUUAAAAUUUUCCAUCCCCGAACGUUUUUAGCAUUGAUCGGCCACCAUCAGCAGUCUCUCUAUCUUGAUUUUGACUGAAGACCUAGAGAGGGUCAUUGGAGAGGAGGUUAUACUGGCACUGCUCUUCAUUAAAGUGGGUCCCGGUGAAUCGGACUAGCCAUUUAUUCAAGGUAAAUGUUCGAGAGCUGAAGCAUCUGGAAUAUAUUCCUCCAAAUUUGCAUCACGGGGACCAAGAUUCCAUUUAUUUGGAAGUAGUCUGGAAAGAUAGUCUGCAGUCAGCUCUCCCCGAGUCUAGUGUCAAGUUGUCUGUAUAAGCCACUCGUGUUUCAGGUCACGGGCAACCACGAGUGUUUACCAGCUUAGAACACGCCGCGCAGUUCAGUGGAGAGGUCGCGAAAACGGGAGGUGAAUUUUAUGGAGCUAGCCGACUCCACCAAUUGGCUCCUAAUGAAUGCUGGUCGGUCCUACUAUCGGGCGCACUGUCACAUGACCGACUGUAAGGUCAGCUGAGAUUCCUCAGCGCGCGCGCGGUGGGGGGCACUGAUUUUCGGGCGGCAGCUGUCCCUCUUCCUGCCGUAGUUGUCCGUCUAACGCCGACGUUGGGUGUGAAAGGGUGGAGGGGGAUGGUUAGUGGGUUUCGGCGAUCAAUCAGUUGACUAGCGCCUCUGCGUAGGCAUUACUUAUUGGUGCUGUCGAGACGUAUUACCGAUAAAGACGAAAGCACUGGAAUGACCAUUUUCGGCUUCCAUUCCGCAAUCAUUGGUACUCCAACUGCAGCCUGCGCGUCCGAUGAUUAAGUUUUAUCCUCGCCCACCACUGCAGUAACGGCGUCGCGUAGUCCCGUCUGAAAUCUAAAAGAUCCAGCGUCGUCAGAAUGGCCUGCAGCGGUUUAUCCUCAUUGCAGGACGAAAAUGUGCAUGAAUAGAAGCGAAAGUUCGAGUUUCAGGCGUAUGUGCAGUUCCGUUUUAUCGUGGAACUGGGAGUGUAAAGCACUCGUAGGCUAUGACAUGGCAACAUGCUCUACACAACGGAGUAGUUUUUCUGAGAAAUAUAUGGACGCUGGAAUGGCGAUUUCUCUCUUCUUUGCUUGAACUGGUCUCUGGGCGCAAACGGAUCGUACGCAAAUCACCUGCUAGCAAUAAAAAUGUGGGUAAGAUGUGGUUUGGUAGCCCCACCUGAUGGACACAUUACUGUUGGGGUUGGGGUUAAGGGUUAGGGUUAGAAGUUAUGGUCAGGGUUAGGUGUUAGCGCAACUAUUUCUCAACCAUUCAAAGUACCGCCACGCACUCCAAAUAGCUUUUCUUUUGCAUACAACAGCUUGACCUCGUCGACUGUCUGUCCCCCCGCUCCAGCUUUAAAAACCCCUAUUGCCACCGGUCCCGUAUUAGAGGUGACUGGGGUUUGUUUACUUCAGAUGGGCGCUAAAAAACCACAUCCGACCAAAAUGUGGCCUUCACGUGACGUUAGAAGAGAGUGAGGGAGGCGUUCGUCGGGAGGGGUGCAUUUUUGUUCUAACCUUUUCGGCCUGGCGAGUGUUAUGCACAUCUCCAAUAAUAGCAGCUGUUUGACACUGGCAAGCUGGGUCGAGUCGCCAUCUUCACUCAAGACGACCCACCCCUUAAAUUUCCCAGUCGUGAUGUUCAUCGUUUGGACUGGGGCAAGGGACGCAGUCUGGAGCUCUGGUAAGAAUUCAACCCAGCGACGCCAGCCUCCUAUCUACUUAUUCUUCCAUGCAUAAACACAUCCAGACCUGCAAUACUGCCGUUGGUUAGUCCUGCCACCUCAGGUACCUUGUCUCUUGUUGCUGUUCCCUAACCCCUGACGACUGAGUCCUGUGCAAGCCCGAAAGCUCUGACAAGUGGGCUUACGGUCCUGCAGACCAACCGUUCUUCUAAUCAACUUAUUCAAAAUGAAGUAGCUGAUCCAGUACUAAAGUCUCCUGAAAUUUGCCUCUGUGGCAGCAGCUUGUUUUGGCACGAUUGUCGUUAAUCUGCUCGAAAGGAGAAAAUGCGCGCACUCGGAUGAAAGCACUACUUACGCUCAGACACCUAAUCAGAUGUCUUCACAAUAGUCGCUUUGGGUAGUGUCUGUUUUACACAGCCCUGCGAACACGCAGUCGGCACGUGGCCCGCUUGCCUCGUUUAAGGUUUUGUGACGGUCGCGAACCUACUUUUGAGUGACAGAAAGGGCCCUGCAACGGAGAACAUUGCGUACUGCGACAACGAAGUUCAUGUUGCACACAUUGAGUGAUCUAGCAUUGUGUAAUAGCUGCUGGGUAUAACACAGCCUAUCGUAGAAGUAACCGAAGGAUUAACAACUAUCACUCUAUUUAAGGGGGAGGGGAGGGUAAAAUGAGCUGACCUCGAGAUCUCACGCUAUCGACUUUAAAUAUUGGCAUCGUUUCCAGCCGGACCUGUUCAAUUCAUCAGAAUCCAGCGCGGAUCCCAGAUUAUGUAUUCCUAGCUUUUGUCGAAUUCACCCGCCGGCUUGUGUUCUCCUUCCCACAAGCUGAUCACUUACUUACACCUGCGGGUUGGUCGUGUCCUCUAUGAAGACAUUCAUUUCGCCGUUCACAAUCUAUCACUGACACAAAGACUCGUGGAUUGAGUUGACUGUAAAAAUUGAGGACGUCCGAAUUGAAUUUGCUCCUGUGGAAUUUGUGCAGCAGUGCAGGUGUCCAAGCACACCCCGUUUAGUCUUGAGACAUAGAAUCUGUGCACUUUCCCCCGGUAAGAUGUGGUUAUGUAACCGCACCUGAUGGACACAAUACUCCUGACCUAGUUAAUUAUUUUGAGUUCGUGUGAUUACGUUGGCAUGGUGUUGCUGUGCGUUGCGGUGUAUAUUCUGCUGGCGACCUUGUUUCCUUGUUGCCGUGUUUACCUUUUUUGGCCCAAUGCUGAUGGCCCUUCUUGACUUUCGGCCUGUCAUCUCCUUCUAACGUUCGCGUUGGAUGUUUCAGGGUUAGGGUUUAGGGCUGCGACUAGGGGUUAGGGUUAUGGCUGGGAGUUAGAGCUGAGGGGUUAGGGCGGCUACUUCUCAAUCACUAAACGUACAGCCACGCAUUCCCAAUAGCUUUUCUUCUGCAUAUAAUUACUUGACCUCGUCGCCUGUACGUUCCCCGACCCUACCUGUAUAAAGCCCUUUUACCACCGUUCCCGUGUUACAUGUGGUUGGGGUUUGGCUUCCUCAGGUGCGGCUGCAUAACCAUAUCUGACCCAUUCCCCCAAGGACGAUGAAUACCUAAAGGGAAAACAUGCAUGUGACGCUCUAUAAACAGCCCGUUAGUAUCCAUGCUUGCAAAGCAUCGGACUCCACAGGCGUGUUUCCUCAGAAUCACGAAACCCUUAAGUCGAGCGCUUCUACCCAGAGGAAAAUGUGUUGACUUUCUGGACCGGGAACUGCUUCCUAGUCGGUGGCGUUUUCUUAUCCCUAUGCGAUUGAAAAGUCUCUUUUCGGACAAUAAAUGGCAAUGGGAUAUAUGCGAUACAUAAUCCUACCAUGUCCUAGGCUCAGUUAGCACACUAUCCCUCUAAAAAUUAAAUUACAGACCAGUUAUAACUACUGAUUCGAAGCAGUGUAGCUCUGGUUACAACCCUGUCUCACAAAACACUUUAUCUUGCCUUCAAAAUUAGGUGAAUUAUGUCAGCUCUGAUUGUUUUUUCCACCUUGGAUGUUUGUGGUCAUUUGAGCCGUACCUCCACACAUCCCGUCCAGCUCACUGUCAACUUCAGCCUUCUUUCACCUUUCACCCUCUAGUUGUGAAGAUUGUCCUUCUGUGUCUCUGUGUGAAAUUCGGUCAGGGUGGUUCUAUUGACGCCUUAAAGAACGAUCAGUUGAACGACUGCCUCAGCAAUUCUGUAGCGCUCGUCUUCAGUACUCUCUCCGCCCGCAUUGGUAGGUUCUGUGUUUUUUUACGGUGGCCUCUGUGGCCAGAAGUUGCUUCAGGGUUAACUUUGCAGCAUACUCGUGCCUUUUGCCGUGAAUUUGCCGCUAGACUGAUUUUCCUCCCUCGCCUGUCUCCUGCCUUUCAAAUAGGUGCAAUUUUUUCAUCCGUCUUUCAAACCAAUCAAUGUGUACUGUGUGCAGACUGCUGUCGUUAGGUUUGCAGGUACAAGCAUUACUCGAUUUGUCCUGUGGGGCGGACAAACUUUGAGAAACCAAGUACAUACCGAAAACCAUAUGGCGAGCGCUGAGAGAAUUCGUGGUUAGCAGAACCCCUUGAAUUUGCGCCGUGAAGAAGUACGAAUAUGGUUAUUAUGUAUUUCUCACGUAUAUAGUGGUUUCAGAAACGCUGUAUCAUUUGAAGUAUUAUGCUGUGUAGCCCGAAUUAGUUCAUAAGGCUUGACGCAGUGAGAGCGUCUUCAGUUUUCGUUUUUUGAUACCGCAUCUAAUGGGUAGACUUGUUGGUAUUAUGCCAUAAAACAGUAGUCCGUUUCUACCUUUUAGUUAUGCUAUUCAUCUGGCCUCAACAUAUGGUGACCAGUGUUCGUAAUGCCCGAGGUCGCUUCUCUCAUGUCGACCUUUGGUUUCCGGAGAAGUCUUUCCUCAGGGAGACGAUUUCACUGUAUCUUAGCCAAAGCACACGAACACGGGGUUUUAUUGUGUUCCUGCAUAUCGCGUAACUCUCCCACAAUCAUUUAUUAGAAGCAACUGGCCGGUCUGCUGCAAAGUCCAGAUAUCGUGAAAUUAUUUUUUUCUGGAAUAUUUUCGCUUCCUCGUCUUAAACUUAUAAAAAGAACAUUUCAGAGGGGACGUUUUGUGCUGAGAUUAAAGAUACGCGUCAACAUCUUGUCCGCAAGGCGUUCUGUCGCCAUUGUGUGGAGGAAAAACGAUAAAACUAUUCCGAAGAGUUAGACAGCAAAACCACCAAUGAUUCCUCCCACAUACCUGCCAUUUCACUUAUAAAUAGCCUACUGAAACUGUGAGCCAUCUAGAGCUUAUUACGAGUAUAUUCUGCAUCAAUUUCCGGUGAUUGAAGUAAAUCCAGCCUCGAGGCGCAUUCCUCACGGAUCGUGUGCAUCCAUGAAACCCGUUAUGCAUAUUUUAUGUUUAUUCUUGAUUUUACUACUUCCGUCUGAUGAGAUUCAGACCUGCAGCUCAGAAUGAAGCUCGCUAUCACUUCACUAACCUCUUAUAUUCAUUUCCCGAUGUCGAACCUUUCCGCAACCUAGACCUUGUUCACGCAGCCAAAAAGUUCUAAAGGUGAAUUGAGCGCAUUUACUAUUAAAUACUUCGUUGAUAGACCUCGAAACCCAGGGCCAUGAACAGACUGAACGAACACCCUGACUAGUCGAGGUCACGUGCUCAUGGAACAUUUUCACCAAUACUAGUCAUGAACGAUAUACAUUGAUGGUUGACAGAGUCGGGCACUAGUACCUGACUUAGGCUGAAGCCAUUACCCCAGCCCCAAAAGCCAGCUAGCCAAAUCAACUAAAAACGGUAAAUAAGCCAGGAGUGCGUCUGUUUCUGGAGAAAUGUUUAGAUGUUGUGGGGAGUAGGAAGACAAGGUGGCACCUAGGCCUCGCAAUAAUGUCUAGAUGUUGUGUCUAGAUGAUGUGUUAAUUUGAGGUCUGGAAAAAUAUUCGUAGUGGGCCCUGAUCCAAUGAACUGUCUUUUCUAUUUCAAAUUCACUUUCACGGUUCACGUGACGGCGGCUAAUAAACCAGAAACGAGCAUUCCAGUCCGCCUCGUCUUUGUUGAUAAUGCUUUUCUGUAAAUGCAGUAGGGUAACCUAACCAAUGAAUGGUGUUGAAAUUCACGAAUAAUUACUAAUCACUCGCAAACCGAAACCAAUGGAUGGAGCCGAUAUCUAUAUUAACAAUGAACAACUUUAAGCGAAUAGAAAACGCAAAAGAAAUUUUGAAGGUAAAUGUCAUGUUUCUCAGAAAAGCGGUGAAUUUCAAAAAUGGCAAAUGGUUGUAAUUGUGUAAUUUCUACUUUUAGAUGUAAAGAAUGUCUGACCAUGCAGAAAAUUAAGUAAAUAUGACAGCUUAAAUAGAAUGGUGUUUGAGAAAAAUGAAGUGCUCACCGGAUUAAGGGAAUUGUAUCGCUGACGUAUCCGAGAUUCGUGGCCGGUUCCCCAGUAUCAAAUCGCUUAGUGCAAAAAUCGACCAGAAUUUCGAAUAGACGGCCGAAUUAGUUGGCCUUUGGCUAAUCGUUUUUUUUUCUCUCUCCGUAUUGGCCCUCUGACCGUCAUUUGUGAAUGUUGGUAGCCUCCUGGGUUGUGUGUCGUAACGCCAAUUGGGUUCGAUUGCGUUUGUGUCCCCCUUUUGGGUGAAUUAGUAGACUGGCUCGGAUCUCUUACGUUUGCUAACCUGAGAAGGACGUUGGACAAUAGUGUUUUAGUGAAGUUGACAUCAAAAUGUUUACUAAGAUUUAUGAGCCAAGUUGUCCGGUUAUUAUCACUCCUUCGUGUCCCUCUCCUUCAGGAAUUUUUGUAAAACACUCCAAAUGAUAUACAUAUUGAUGCAUGAUUCAUCAAAGCAUAUCGCUCCGUAAGAUCACGGCAUUUUGUAUUCGGCUUCCUCUGUAUCCUGUUAACCUAGAAGUUCUUUGAAACGCACAAGUUAGGGGUACAGCGCGGUUACUGAUUAAUUUAAUUUUAUUAUCUGGCGUUUUAACCCUCACUGGCGAUUUCUACACAUGUUUCACGUCAUGAAUACCCCGUUAGGGGGGUUGUUUGAUUUUUUCGUUUUUUUCGUAAUGGUUAAAUGAAUAUUUCGGUUUAUAAAUAUGCCGCUUUAUACAUCGUAACACAGAUUAUUUGUGAGAAAAAUUGAAAAGGUAGGUUCCCUUUUCUUGACCAAUUUAUAAUCAGGCCAAGAUGUUUCGGUACGACUUAUCAAGAUAUUGAUACUGUUUCGUUUAGUAGAUAUGCAGGCAUUGCUCUCAUAAAGUAAGACGAACUGUGAGUAAACUGGUGGUCUCCAGACUUAUGAACAUACUAAUUCCUCAGUCCUUCCUUAUGUGAAGACAUCCAGCAACGAUAAUCGUGCAGAAACUUUUAAAUGCGAUUUAAGUGCAAUCAGCGUGAGAUACAUCCUUACCAACCAUGAGGUGAAUCUGAAUUCACCACAAUGAGCCUAGUCUCUGUGAAUAACACUUGAAAAUACCAUAUAUGAAGAGAAAGGCAUUCACAGUCUCUUUAAAGCAAAUGUCUGUCUUCUGCCCUGUCAAUUAAAAUUCUCACUGUAAUGCGCUGCGUUCGGCUUCGAAACAUCAUUCGAAACUCUGAUCAUGUGAGGCAUUUGCAUUAGGUAAAAAAUAUUCGCGGAAAGAGCUGAUUUUUUCGUUCUUUCACAUGGCCUUUCGAGUCACACCUAGCACAAUACGGUCUACCCACCCCAUCCUCAUACCAGUUUUGUAUCAGAAGUGACAAUUCACAGCUUGACGCAAAUAUUUCCAUUGUCUAACCCUUCAGGCUGCCUUGCGGUGUUUCAAGAAGUAGCUAAUAUCACACCACGCAACUUCCCCACGUAUUCUACCACUGUCUUUCACUUUUUAGCGUUUCGGUCGUUGACACUUUGUCCCACAGUGUUGCUAUUUUAAUCUCUUGGGCUAGCGAUGGAGGCUCCAAGAGCCCUAUAGGAUUCUGAGGCUUGUCUCUGUUUCCGUCCUCCUUCCUUUCCGGACAGCCGGUUAAUUUGGGGACAACAGUGGAGCCAUGUUUAUUUAUGUAAGCAAAGUGGUGUUGACUACGGAAUUUCAGUUUUUUUGAAUGAAAAUGACUCCAUCUCUCCCCAUCUUUCUAAAGAAUGUUCACGCACUUGCCCAAUUCGCUUAUUUGGACCUGACUGCUUCUCCCUUGGAUUGUGACAAUGCUGUGUAAUCCCUUACUAAUAAGGACCGCCAGCGUUCCGCGGUCGCAACAGUGGCCGCAAAAGCCAGUGAUGCCGCAAUGGCGCGCUUCUACGGCCUACCAAAGGUCCACAAUCCGGGAGUGCCGCUACGCCCCAUCGUCUCCUUACGUGGUACCCCAACCUUUGGGUUGUCAAAGUGGCUGUACCAGCGACUUUGUUUCCUUACCAAGGAUUCAGAGUGGACAGUGAAGUCGGCUGAAGAGUUUUUGUCGCGCAUCAAACGUCUCGAAUUGGAGGCAGAUGAGGUGAUGGUGUCUUUUGACGCGAUCUCAUUGUUCACCUCCAUCCCACCCGCGCUGGCUAUCAACACUAUUGACGGUUUUCUCCGGGAAAAGUAUGAUGAGACCGAUCAACAGUUCAAACGAGUUCAAAUCAUCGAGCUCCUAGAAUUAUAUCUUAAGACGUUCUUUACAUUAAAUGGCCAGGUCUACGAGCAAAAGAAGGGGACACCGAUGGGCUCGCCUCUAUCUGGAUUAAUUGUCGAGGCGGUUUUGCAGAGGCUUGAGCGGCUGGUCUUCAGCUCAUACCCCCAAAAUUCUGGGCCAGAUACGUCGACUACCCUUUCGUUAUCAUCAAAAGGAGCGAUGUGCAGACUUUCAAGACACUGUUGAGUUCAAUCAUUCCCGACAUCCAGUUUACUAUGGAAAAAGAUCUCAACAAUCAGCUGGCCUUCCUUGACGUACAAGUGACAAGUCUGGAGGACGGGAAGAUAAGAACAACGAUCUACCGUAAGGCAACUAACACCAGGCGAAUCCUCCACUUCAAGAGCAACCACCCCGUUGGUCACAAACGCAGUUGUGCCAGGACCCUCUUCCAACGCGUUCAAACACACUGCAGCGACGACAAUGGGAGGAAGGAGGAGAUUAAGUACUUGCACGCCCUAUUUAAAACCGACGGUUAUCCAAAGUCCCUCAUACGCAAGUGUCUUAAGAAGCCCCACCCUGAUCGGUCGGACGGAGAAAACCUGAAAUUUUGGCUCGCAAUACCUUAUGUGAAAAACGUGUCAGAGGCGACGGCAAGAAUCCUGAAGCCUUUCGGGAUCGCAGUGGCUCAUAAGCCAGAGUCAACAAUCAGGCAGCAAAUAAUGAGGCCCAAAGACCCGCUACCGGUGACAGAACAAUUAGCGGUGGUCUACAGCAUACCAUGCCAAAACUGUGAUGCAAGGUAUGUUGGUGAAACGGGCAAACGUCUUGGCACAAUAUUGCAUGAGCACCAGCUUGCAAUCAACCGCAAGGACAAAUUGUCUAUGAUUUAUGGCCACGUCAAACAGCGGAACCACAAUUUCGCCUUUGAAAAGGCAAGGGUAAUUGACCGAGCCAAUGAUAAGAUGGCCAGACUGAUGCUCGAAAGUUGGUCCUCGAUUGGCACACUCAACAGAGCCAUAGAUCUGCAUCCCGCCUAUCAGGCGCUACGCACAAGGCUUGAGUCAGUGCGGACAAGGCCAUCAGGACAGUCGAGCAAAGUGACGCGUGGCCGACAGCCGAUGUCAGCAGAAAGCGGGAGAGAAGCCGGCCGGGGGUCAUGUGACCAGCAUGGGACGCCAUCGCACCGCGACGCCCACGAGGCUGAGGUCAACUCACAUGAGCCGCAACAACUGAUCAGUCCGUUGAGUGACGAGGGGGAGGCCGACAAGAAUGCUGCCUCGCCAACAAUUACGACGUCCGCAAAGGGCAGGAGCCCACCGGCGGUCAAUCGUGGAGAGGUCAGCGCUAAUCGGCGGCAAACGGGCAGGUCCUAGUUCGUGCCUCGCGCACGGAUAUAAUACCAGGCAGGUAUCAAGGCUGACGCAAUCAAGACCAGCAGGAACAGUCAACACAUUACUCUGAUGAUGGAAACGAGAGGGUUUCCGAAACGUCAGUACAAAUAUAACUCGGUCCAUGAAUUCGCCCUAUCUUCUUCGGGGGAUGAUGAACGCGAUACUAAUUAGUUUAUAAUGAGGGAAGCAUACAUAUCUGACUUUUCUCUUUCUCACACUCACGAAUCGACGUCUACGCGUAUCGCGCACAUCUCAGUCAUCAGAUAAUCCGUGAGGAGUGGUUGUGUCGUUAUGUUUUCGCGAAUAUGGCUACUACCGCCCAUGUGACAUCACCAGUAUCCCACGAAACCUGGUGAUUCGAGGCCUUAACAACAGGAGCGUUAAACUAUGCAGCGCCUGCCACGAAAUCAUCACUCUCUGGUCCAUACACUUUUUGAAAGAAUUUCUCUUAAACGCAAAUACAAUUAUUUGCAAAGUUGGAAGGUAUUUGAAGAUAUAAGGAGCUUCUCUUUGUAUCCCUUUCGUAGCGUCCGUUUAUCUACUAUUUCCUUAUAUCGCUGUACGAGCAGUAUUUUAACAUGGGAGAAGAAUGCUCCGAGUGAUCCAGCUCACUCGCUUUGAACCGGAUAUUCGGAAUCGACAAUUCACUGUUUCCGUGUAUUUCAAGUACUCUUGACUAGCUGGAAAUAAUGUCGUAACCUUCAUCCUAUUGCGUUCUGUAUGCCAGCAGAUAUUAUUCGAGCAUGGCUGUGGAGGGUGUCGAUUGUAAUUUUUUUGGAAAAGUUAUUGGGCAUGUGCUAGAUUAUUAUUAUUAUCUCAUGAUAAGGCGACCGUUCAGACCUCUGAACGGAGUUAACCCCAAAUGUUGGACAAAGUCAACGCAAAACGACAAACACAACCUAACUCGGUCUUUCUGUUUUUCAGAGAAUGUACCUUACCUCAAGUACCUCGAUCCGGUUGGUGCCAUCCUCAUCGGUUCCUACAUAAUUUACAGUUGGUGGAAAAUGGGUGCUGGUAAGCUUCUGUCUGUCCCUGCAGUCACAUGGAUAGCAUUAUUUUCCUAUAUAAUUGCCUGCCGACCUCAGUAGCUUGGAGUGAGCUUGCGCUCCGCCUUAUCUUUCUUCCUCAAUACCUUCCCCGUGAGACAAGCAUGUCUAUUUGAACGCAUGGUUAUGGAAGACACUUAGUCCUUCAACUAAUUCGCCCAAUCGAUUUUCUCGCGUCACAAAACCCAACGUAAUCCUUCGGUGUAGUUGCUAUGAUCAUCGUUGAGGGGUGGUUUUCAGAGGGGGAAGAGGAUAGCGCGUUUUCACUUGUAUUUAUUGCAAAUAACGAUAAAGGAAUCGCACCUAACGCUGUGGCAUAAACAAAGGCCUAAAGUUCGAGUCAAUUUGAACACAUCCUCAUCCGGAGUACCUUUCACUAGUGGUUUGUCUGACUAUCGUUAAAAAUGUUGUCUACAGAAGAGAAAGAAAUCUGACUGACGGCAAUUAUGAGGGUAUGAAUGAUGCGUUCAGGUAUGGGCGUGACGCAUGUUGAACCAGGGAUAAAACGUAUCAGGACGAUUGCAUGCGUCCACUAAAGGCUCAUGAAUAAAAGAAGAAAUAUAAUCGUUGGAAACAGUUCAUUUCGAUUAGUCGGUCCGCAGUUGGCCGGAGAGUUUUUGACCGAUUACGCGGUCACCCAAUUAUCUGGAAGUUUUGUGGCCAGCCGCUAAAUAUGCUACGCCUGAAUGCGCGGGCUUUUCCCUCCUUAUUUUCUCGUCUUUGGAGUGUUCCUCGGCGUCAGCCAAGCAAAACUCACUUCUUUCGCAGUUCGUACUUUUGUCGCAUCACACAUGUCCUCGUGACUGGAAGCUGACGACGACUACUGUCGAGCUGUUGGUUUCGCGUCUUGUGCAGUAGGGGCCGUAAGUACCCUGAGCCACAAGUACAACAUUUAAACUACUCUCUGACCUUGUCUUUCUACAUUCUGAUUUGUGACGGUUACCGAACGAAGUAAAUGAAUUGAUUUUCCGGCAACCGUAUAGAGAAGGACUCCACUUAACUGUCGGUAGACUGUGGAUCGUGCCAUACGUGAUUUAUGGUAAAGGGAAUUUUAUGGGUGGGGCAGCACGCUAGACAGUAAGCCGACAAAAUGAAAGAAAACACAAAAGUUGGCUGGAUUUAUGCCGAAAGUCUUAUACCACGCUAUUGUACGAUAGCGGAAAUGUGAGUAGUAAUUAAACAGUUAACAAAAAGAAAAUUUCACAAAAUAACGGAUUUUAAGUUAAGAUGUGAGUUCAUGGGAAGUAAUCGUUGUUGGCAGUGUAAUUUCUGCAACAGCCUGCAAAUGUAUGCCAAGAUAAAACCCUAUAUGGCACGAUCCGCACUAUACUGACAAUUAAGUGGGGUUCUUCUCUAUACCGCAGCGAAUUUUUCGAACAGGCGAAGUUACUUUGUAUUACGUACUAUCUGUUGUCGAUCUUAAACAUUUUGUUAGUGAGAACGACUGAUUCUGUUAAAAGCCGUUUCCAUUGACACUGUUGAGCAUGGCCUAUAUCCCUUUAUAAUCUGAAAACAUAGAACAGGUUUGUUAGAGUAACCAACAAAAUGUCCCCAACCUCUUCUGUCGUUAAUUACUGGGACUUAUCACCGUUUAGAUUAAGAAGGAAAAAAUUACCCGCACGUCAAGAAGCAGCACAGUAUCGGAGCAAUUUAUUUAUAGGAAGGCCUCUCAGAUCACUAUUUCCAGCAUAAUGCCUAGUUGUUCGUUAGAGCUAUGUAAGGUGCAUUUCAUGAGUUAAUUCAAACCAGUGAGUUCAUAAACUCUCGGGGGACUGGUGAACAUGCAAUUGGACGAAAGGGUUUCGAACCUAAAUUGUCGCAGUUUGGAAAGUAGUCCCAAUAUUAAAAUAAACGUCAAGGAGGUCGGAUCUUAUUUCGUAGCCGCAUCUGCAGUAGCCUUAGCUGCCUGUCGUACGGGACCGUUGGUAAUAGGCGGUUCAACACUAACCCCCAGCCCCCUUGUUGAAUCCAGCUGGUAAACGCUUGGAAUUCUCCACGCCUUCCUCGCAAGUGCUUCCACAUUUGGCCCCUGUUGACACUCGCCUUCCCCUUUUUUGUAACCCUCUUUCGAGCGUGAUCGGCGUCCUUUUAAUUAAGUAGUUUUUGUAUUCUGACCUUGAGCUCGGAAUUCGAUUUACCCGAACAGUAACAAAGGAAUUCUUUGUCUAGGGUAUCCAUUGUUGAGGUUUGUACGUUUUUUAUUACUACCUUAUUUUAUCAAUGGUACCGCAUCUACACUGAAUUCUGCGUUGGCUUAUGCGCGUGACUCAAUUUACCAAGAAUUCUUCAUCCCUAACAGGUGCGUCUGCGAAAUAAGAUCUUACCAUCGAAGAUUUCGUCGUGCAAAAAACGUGCGUUUUCGCGACAUUACGUCAACAUAUGAACUGAAAGCAUGCUUGAGGUCAAGGCAUGACCUCAGUGUCAAUUACGACGUGCCAAAUGAAGAAGAGGCGUUCACCGAGGGGAUAACAUGGGUUAAGGCCGCGCACUGUUCCAUUCGUCCCCUUGAAAGACUCUAUCUUAUGUGUUAAAAGUAUUGGGUGACAAUUGUGUUACAAGCACUGGUAUCUGAUUUUCUGGGGAAUUAUUACUGCUGCGUAACGGCCGACCGAUCUCUGGAGUCCAGACCCCCGAUGGCCCGCUUAUCCAUAAUCCGCUGUACGGGCAUACCCACCAAAAUCGCCUAAGGAUAUCUAUAUAUCCGUAAAUUUGACGAAGCAUAUAAUAAGUGACCUUACUCAUUAAAUAUGCCUGAAUUGACACAAGUUAAAUUACUCUCCCUCCAAAGGAAAAGCACACGUAGGAGAGCCUUGACGUAGGAAAUUGCCUGAAUAUAUCUUAACGCAGAUUUCCGCCCAAUUUUAUGUAUAUUUUGCCUGAUGAACUUACUUCGACAUACUUCGAAAAAAGAACAUUUUCAGGAAGAGGAUGAGCAAAUAAACAAAAUGCGCAACGUUUUAGGUGCCAGAGAAUCAUCAUAUCCGUGUGCGUAAUCAUGCUCCAUGAGUUAGGUCACAUACUGUACAUUUGGGCUUGUUUUGUCUUGCGUCAGGAACGUGGUUGGAGAUCUCCAGAAAGAAACGUUUCCGUAAAUCUCUCUUACAUUCAAGUCGGCCCACGGUUUGUGAGCAGCUGCUAUGCCGUGAUCAGCAAACCAUGGCCCUCGUAGCCUGGUGUGCCUGUUACCUGGUUCUCUGGCGGUAGAUGCGCUUGCGCUCCCGCUGGAUGCACAGGCAGUGAGCAUGGCUGCCCGGUCAUAUUCGUCCUUCCUGUUGUUGUUGUUGUUGUUGGUCAAAAUCCUGGUCAAGGGUUUGUUGUGAGCCGGGGGGUGUGAAGUGGAGCGUCAAGGUGCGAGUACAGCUGUGUCAGCCAGUCGCACCCUCUCCCGCCUCCAGUCUUCUUGACUAUGUCUUGACACCGGGCUACGGUGAGAAGGGAGGACAGAGUGUGGCAGAUGCUUUGCAAAUCUACUCUCACUAUAAACCAAUUGACGCGCAAGACUCUGUGCCUGUUUCACCUUAUUGUGGAGCACACGGUGGACAUCGUUGGAUACGAUGGUCGAACUAUCAAAGUCAGCCCGCUAAUUUCAACUUUAUUCUCAUUUGGCGCUUGCUAUCGAACGUGGUGUUAGUGCGAGCCUUGAAGUCCAGGCCGCUUCCUGUCCGAAUCCAGUCACUUCCUCUUCGGAAGCAUGGAUUCGAUUUCUCACGGCACUAAUCCCCUUUUAACAGACUAAUAUUUGCCGUUUGCUGUAAGUCAGUGGCUAUUAUUUUUUUCAAUUCACUUCAUUGCAGAGCAAACUCGCAAUCUCUCAGGGUACAGCGCCAGUCCGGAAUUCCUUCAAAAAAUUACAUUCAUAUGUGUCAACCAUCAUCCAUCAAUUGAACGACUGGAUACUGUUCGUGCAUUCCAUUUUGGCAGCAAUUUUAUGGUUGAGGUGUGUAGACGUUUUUUUUAAAGUUCUUUCUCGCCACACUUAUAUCUUAUGAUUGCAUUAUAGUCUUUUGAUAACAUGCUUCCGAUCUUCUAUGCCUCCUUUUUGAUAUGCACCGUGUUGUGUCCAGGAUGGUAUUCUAAUAACUAAAAUCACAAGUCCCAUGAAUCCACUGAGUCGGUAUAUUUGAAUUCUUUUCUCCACUUUAUCAAUUUCUUUUUCUACCGCCCCAUUCCUUUAGUAAUAUUUUCAGUGAUUUCGUCUAUCCACAUCGCAUGCCUAUCUAAGGUAUGGUCACAGUCACCUUGGUUGUGGUGUGGUCGCUGCCAUGCUUUCUCCCGAAGUCUAGGCCUAACUGAUUCCAGAGGGAAGAGUAUGAGUUUGAGUUGGCUACGGUGGUAACGGUCAAGUUUCCCUAGGGUUGCAAAUGUUUCUGAGAUGUGCUAGUUAGUUACAUUUACAGAGAAGCACACAAAGGGCGGUAGCUUCCUUUAUACAGUAGUCGCGUUUUUUUGGAAAUAGGGAGGUAAACUGACUUCACCUCCUGCAUUUCCACUUUUUUCAUAAAUAAUUCGUCUUCGGUGGCGGAAUUCCCUGUCGCUGUAAUUGUUUUUUAUGUGUGUGAAUUAUGAAAAACAGUACUCUGUCAGCAGUCCCGUUGACCCGUAACAGAACCGCCUGACCAUACGCGUGACCGAAGACACUUCAUUGAUCGUAGGCCUUUUGAACUUUCAGAUCUGACGCCCUUUAGGAGGCUCAGCUGCGCUUAGAGGGCAAGCAUAAACCACAUCUUACGGGGGCACUGUUGUUCAAGUAGCUAGUGAAGAGCGCUUUAAAUAUGUCCAUUCUUGGCUCAAAAGAUAGCAUGCUGCACAUCCGAGACAUGGUAGGUUCGGUCACUGAGUGUUGGCCUGCGGGCAGGGGGCUGAAUUCUCAUAGACUACAGAAGCGACCAUAUUGUCAUCCUUCCAUAAAGCUGUCCGCCUGCUGCUUUUCAACUACGAUACACGAGAUCUUGUCCCCGUAUAUUGUUCCCACACUCUUAAGGCUUUCCUUAGUCCGUCCUGCGUCCACCUGUUAGUCGGAGCUCUACUCUCACCCACCUUGCCUUUAUAGCUACGGGGCUAAGUCAAAGUGCAGUGCUUCUGAUGGCUUACCGCUCACCGAAAAACAGAAGUUGUUACUUGUAAUCUCUCCAAGUUGCAUUGUUUAUUUCUGAUUCAACCCACUCGUUUCAUCGGGAGAAACCUUAUUUUAGAAAGAACUCUCUUGGCGGAGACCUAGGUUACACCUGCUUAACGACGGCUCACUUUCGAUCGCGACCCACUGUUUGUAUUGCAGUUUCAAACUAGAGACUAUGUUCUGGCAUAAGCAGUUAACAAAACUAAACAUGUUUUAAUAAUUUUAACCCAUUCCACACAGUCCGGGAAAAAUAAAUGUUGAGUGAGGCAAGAUGAAACCUUCCAAGUUUUAGCGGGUGCUCUGUUUCCUGUACUAGACCAACUGCGCUGUAAGCUGCGUAAAUUAGUCGGCUAAUCAUGUUAUGAUAAAACUGUUCUAGCAAUUCGAAAUCAUAGCCAACCUCUAGCAGCUGACCCACCGUUUGCACUUCUUUUAGGUGGACAUUGUUUUGCCGAAACAUAUGGAUCUCCAUCAGGCUCACGACAUUGGUGAGACCCUUCAAAAGAAGUUGGAGAGCAUGGAAAACGUGGAACGGGCUUUUGUGCAUUUGGACUAUGAGUUUACACACGAUCCCCUUUCAGAACACAAAGUCGCUUGA